AUGAUGAAAGACGAAAGGUGUAUUUUUAUCAUAUUGCCGGACGUUACAAACAAUUUUAAAGAUGAAGAGGUCCUAGAAAAACUGGAAGAGAAAAACUUCAUCAUUUUAAAAAAGAAGAAAGUGCACUUGACAGAAAAUGAAAUAAAAGAAAUAUUAAACGACAAGCCUGAGCAGUACAGCAGUAUAGGCGAGUUUUACGCGUACGUGGAAAGCGGGCUGUCAGUCAUUUCUUUGGUAAAGCACAUCGAAGGCAACACGGCGGAAAAGUUGAAUUCGCUAGUUAAGAGCACAUCUAUCUUGAUAAAGGAUGAAAAAUACUUUGAAUGCCUAGAAUACCAGUGCAACUUAAAGUGCAGGAAUAGACCUGAAUUACUUCUUCCCCCCCGGGACAACAAUUUUUUGGAAAGAACUUUGAUAAUAUUAAAACCGGACGUGAUAGAGCAGAACAAGAUAGGUGACAUAGUUAACGACAUUUUGAAUUUUGGUUUGUUGAUCGUCGCAGUGAAGAGGGGCAUCUUGUCUGCUGAGAGGGCUCGCAGUCUGUAUGAGGGGUCGGCUGGGAAGCCCUACUACGAUGUCCUGAUAGAAUUUAUGACCUCUGCGAAGGGAAUAGUGUGCCUAAUUGUUGAGGGGAAGAACUGCCUAAGGCUGGCGAAGAUUUUGUGUGGCCCCUGCUCUUCCAUGGUUCCCUUUGAAGACAUACCGAGUGCGUGUUUGAAGAAGAAGUAUGGAACUUGCGCGAUGCGGAAUGCUGUGCACACCCCCAGUGAGGACAACAUAGACAGAGAGAUAAAUCUAUUUUUUGGUGAAGAAAAUUUUUGCAGCGAAAAUGGCAUUUUGCUAAUAAGAAAGGGUGCACUAAGUGGAGAAGAGUUAAACGAUCUGCGAGAUUACUUGCAUGAUUACGGAUUCAACGUGUUGGAAGAGAAAAUAAUAUCGGUUGACGAGGGUACUUUGAGAAACAUAUUUGAAGAACCCGGAAUGGUAGACCCUAGUGUAGGGCCACAGACGCAGUACGUAAUCAUCACCCUUUCCAGAGUGAACUGUAUCACGUGUCUGCACUACCUAAUGGGAGGGAGGAGCGCCAAGGAAUCCAAAUUGAAAAGGCCAAACAGUAUCAGAAGCAUGUUCAGCCUUGAUAACAAUGACAUUAUAUUUGUGAAGGAUAAAAAAAAAAUUAACAACCUCAUAAGACAGUACUUCCUCUUCGAAAAAUACAACGACUCCAUUACAGUCGACAUGGUAAAGAAUUUUUUGUAUCGCAAAAAUGUUACUUUUUACGAGAAGGAAGAAGAAAAUAUAAAGUUGAGGGAGGUCCUUCUGGAAUGCUUCACCAAAAUGUGUGAGUCAAAACCGAGUGAAGAGGCAGCCAUAGUGUGGCUCAGCGAGUGGCUUAAGCAGAAAAAGGGAGAAAUAAUGGGGAACGUAAAGAAGAACGAAGUGGUCGGGAGAAAAUUGGGACAUCUGCACCAACAUGGGGGGAAGGAUAAAGCUGGAGUAGCUGACGCAGCGGACGAGGAGAAAGUUAAACAAAGUAGUAAUCCCCUAGGUAGCGUCGGUAACAAUGCAGGUGGAGGAACCAAACGGGAAGGUCCUAACCAGAUUAGCAUCUUCCAUAAAGCACCCAAGGGAAACAAAAAAAUUUUUAUCAUACCUGACAUUCACGACGAGAGGAAGAAUACCCCGAUUAGUGAAGAUAAUGAUGAAGACAGGUUAAACCUUAUAAAGCACUUGGAGAGACUAGGUUACAUUAACUUAAGUUUUAGCGAGCUGUGCAUGAAGGAGGAGAAGAAGAAAUCCUUGCUAGGGAAAAAAAUAGAGUACACGAAAAGGAAGUACAACAUGUUGACGGUAGAUUUGGUAAGGCGAAUUCUGAAGGAGAAUCUGGACAGGAAUAAAUCCUACAGCAGCUACGUGUUGACUGGUUUUUACGGCGUGAUCGAUUUGGUUUACUUGACGCGGGAGGAUAUAAUCCCCACAUCGUUCUGUUUGCUGGUUGUGAAGGGGGGCGCAAAUGUGGAGAGCGACGAAAUGGACAGAAACGCACAACUGGACUCGUUCCUCUCGCUCCUCCAUGGAGGCGGAGAGAACCUCAUAGAUCAUUUCCUAAAUAAGGGGAAAAUACUGAUCUACCGGGAGGGUAAAAAUUUCUUUAACAACUUUGUUCAAAAUUUGGAAACAGAAAUAGUGAUCCUUUUGGGAGUGAACUUAAAUCACCUGAAGAGUGAAAUUAAUUUUUUGGUAGAAUGUUACAACUACUUUUUCGUUGACCAUGUUAAAUUGUUUAACGAGAAGAGGACGAAACAGGGGGAGGUAUGUGAGGAUGGAUUGGAUUGCUCUUCUGCUCAGUCGGAUAUGCUCAUGUCCUUCCUCAUUGAAAGAUUGAACUCUCUACAGGAUAAAGAUUACCGAAGAUUUGUCCUGUGCAAUUUUCCCCUUAAUAUGCAUCAGAUGGAAGUGAUAAAAGGGAAGACGAAUGCAAAGGUGGUGGUGUUUCAUUUUAACUGCAAAGUGGGUGAUAAUGCUGUUCAUUUGGAGUGGAAGGAAACUCAACAGGGGUUGCUUCAACUGGGUAGUAACAGAAAUGGAGGUAGGUACAAAAAAGCUGCUCACUACAAGGUGGACGAUUCUUUCGUCCUAGGGCAGGAUGCCCAAAUAAGUAAAGGGGUGACAGUACACCAAUUUGAUGUGAACAAUAAAGCAGAAAAGUUGUCCUCAGGUGUGCACCAUCUGUUUGAUCUGAUAAGUGUAGUAAAGAAGAGCGUCAUUCUAAUUUCUAACCUAACUUUGAAGAAUGUCGAUUUUAUUGGCCUAUACCUGCAGUAUGAAUAUCCUCGUGUUGUCUUUUGUGACUUGAACUUUAUGAGUGAAGGGGAAGCAUCGAGGGAUUACCCCAACUCCAUGUGGCAUCUCAUUGACGACGUAUUUGAUAAAAAUAAUAUGAGUGGCAAAAAUCAGGAGAGAGUAAAUCAAAUAGUAAGAAAAAUGAACAAAUUUAUCUCUAGGUUGAAUGCCAGCUAUUUUGUAUUUGGAGGCUUUCCUAGCGACUUAGAGGUAGAGGACUUCCGAAAGUUGGAACUCUUUUUCGACAUCAAGUUGUGCAUAUUGGUGGUACCCGCGAAGGGACCUUCUGACAUGGGAAUCGGGGUUUACAGUGGUGAGAAACCCAACUCGGCUAACCUACUUCCCCCGCUUGACCUGUUCGACGCCGCAUGCGCACAAGCAUCCACCCUGGCGGAGACGAUCUUCUGGUUCUCCAGCAGGGGGAGUCUCCUAACAGUGGACGUGGGGUCACCUGGGGAAGAGGUCCAGGGUGCGAUCAACAAUGGUGGUGGUGAAGGGGAUGAGAAGGUUACCACCACUACUGGACACGCCUCAGGGGAGAAUCUUCACCCCACUGACAAACCCGCGGAGGGAACCCAACAAGAUGACCAACUGGAGGAUGAAGAGAAAAAAAAAAUUUUGAAAAAAGUCGAGGACAGAAUUAGACCCAACCUGAUUUGCUACCACGCCCCAGACAACUAUGAUGUUAGGGAGUUUGUAAAAAGGAAAAUUGGACAAGACUCCAACGGGGGUUCAUUUCACUGUUUGUUUUGUGAAGACGUGCUAAGGGAGUUACCUUCCAUCAUUGAAGAAAAAUCGGAAGAGUAUGUCAAAAAGCUAACUGAGGGGAUAAAAGCAGAAAAGGAAAAAACGAUAAGAGAUAUUUAUGUGACGUACUUGGAGGGGCUUGUGAAACAUUCAAGCAAAUAUCUAUUUGCAAAUGUUGUGUUGUGUGAUGUGCCCUUAUGGGCGGGUGAUGAGAAUGGCAGUUGUGUUGAUACAUUUGGUCGCUUCACAAAUUUUAAGAAAAUUAUUCAUCUUGUUCACAGCGUGCAGGGGGAUAACGUGUUCGGAGGUGACGCCAGCGGGGUCCCUGGAGUGAUCGCUUAUGUGGCGCUAAAUGAUGAUCGGGUUUUUGGAGUAGGUUCGCCUGGGGGUAGCAAUGCUGUGAGGUCUUCCCUCGAGGGGACGGAGAUUACAGCUGAUGGAGAAGAGGCAGGCAGCGAUAAUGGCGAGGUAGGUAAGGCUGAUGACAAGGUGGGCAAGGCCGAUGAGGAAGAGCUGAACAGCGGGGACAAACCGAAGGGCAGGUCAAAGCAGGCGGACAAGCUGAGCAAGUAUAACCAAGCGGCCAGAGACCUGCGGGACGUUAUCUCCAAGAAACACCCUGACGUCGAAGUGACGACCAUUUAUGUGAACAAGGAAAUGCCGCAAAAUGUGGACAGUCUCUUCUGCCCCCAAAUCAUUAUGCUGUUCGUUCCUCAAAACGAAAAGCUUCAGUUGCUUUUAUCAUCAAUUCUAUGUUUUCAUUUAAAAAAAUUUUCCUCCAUCAAUAUGGCGCAGUUGGUGCGUGAGGAAAUGGUGAAGGAGGGGAUAAGAGGGGGGGUGGCUGGUUUUGAGGCGGAGAAGCAGGAAAAGGGCGGCGUGAGGGGUGGUCGUCAGAGCGAUGGGAAUAGAGACCACUGUAGUGACGAGAAGUGCAUCAUCGACAGAGCUUUCGCAUCCCUGCUUGGUCAAAUAAAACGGGCAGACAGAAACGUAUUAGUGACGGGUUUCCCCAUUGUUCAGAACAAGUACAACAAGAGUGAUUACUUCGAGCAGUUUCGUUUUUUCAAGUCUUUUACAAUUGGUGGGAUGAUCUGCCUCUCGUUUGAUGAUACCUAUUUGCACACUUUGGUGGACGAUGCCAUGCCCGAUGGGGCGUACGCUGCCAAGUACGACGAAGUGACGGAAAUGAUAAAACAGGAGUUCGGUUGCAAAGGCAAGGACAAGCAUAAAUUGUAUUUUUCCAAAAUAGCAAGCAAGGAAGAUUUACAGCGUGCAGUUGGAGAGAUUAAGGAAGUUUUUAAAUGCUGA